UGCUAAGUGGCUACCACCAGGAGAAAGUGGGUGUAAUGGACGCCCUCGGAGCCUAAACACCGAGAUACACCGCUCGUCUGGCAGCAGCAUCGAACCCCCGGUGUGGGAGAAACCAGCACAGCCAUGUUCGGCCGCUCGCGGAGCUGGGUGGGAGGACAGGGGAGGGCGAAGAACAUCCACUCCCUGGACCAUCUGAAGUAUAUGUACCACGUCCUGACCAAGAACACAACGGUGACCGACAGCAAUCGCAACCUCCUAGUGGAGACCAUCCGCUCCAUCACAGAGAUCCUCAUCUGGGGCGACCAGAAUGACAGCUCUGUGUUCGACUUCUUUCUGGAGAAGAACAUGUUUGCCUUCUUCCUCAACAUCCUGCGUCAGAAGUCCGGACGCUACGUCUGCGUCCAGCUCCUCCAGACCCUCAACAUACUGUUUGAGAACAUUAGCCACGAGACGUCUUUAUAUUACCUCUUGUCAAACAACCACGUGAACUCCAUCAUUGUCCACAAGUUUGACUUCUCAGACGAGGAGAUCAUGGCCUACUACAUCUCCUUCCUCAAGACCCUGUCCCUCAAACUCAACACCCACACCGUGCACUUCUUCUACAAUGAGCACACUAAUGACUUUGCCCUGUACACCGAGGCCAUUAAGUUUUUCAACCACCCUGAAAGCAUGGUCCGCAUCGCAGUCCGCACCAUCACUCUCAACGUCUACAAAGUGGACAACCAGCACAUGCUGCACUACAUCCGAGAUAAGACGGCGGUCCCAUAUUUCAGCAACCUGGUGUGGUUUAUUGGCAGCCAUGUCCUCGAAUUGGACAAGUGUGUGCAGACAGAUGAAGAACACAAGAACCGGGGAAAGUUAAGUGACCUGGUAGCGGAGCACCUGGAUCACCUCCACUACCUCAAUGACAUCCUCAUCAUCAACUGUGAAUUCCUAAAUGAGGUGCUGACGGACCACCUCCUCAACCGUCUGUUCCUGCCCCUCUAUGUGUACUCAUUGGUCAUCCCUGAGACGUCUGAGGAGCGAAAGAUCAACCCCCAGGUGUCCUUGUACCUUCUGUCCCAAGUGUUUCUGAUCAUCCACUAUCGGCCACUGGUCGACUCCCUGGCCGAUGUUAUCCUCAACGGGGACCUGUCUGUCUUCACCCCACAGACAGACACACACAGCACACAUAAGAGCACGGCCAGUGCAAUAGGCCUGCGUCGGUUCACCAAGCCCUCGGAGUCUCUGGAGCGCUCCCUGGAGCUGUCCCGUAACCGGGGCCGCAAGAGAACCCAAAAGAGGCCAAACUACAAGAACCUAGGCGAGGACGAGGACGAGGAAAGGGCCGGCGGAGGGGGAGGAAGCGGAGGACUUGGAGGAGAGGAGACCUGGGAUGACAAUGGCAGAGGAGAGAGGGAUGGAGGCCGGGAGAAGGGAAAAGAGAUAGAGAUGGUGGUGAUGGAGAAGUGUAAGGUGUCCGAGCUGACUGAGCAGAACAUCACUGAUGAGGAGAAGACGGCCGCAGCCACUCGCACAUGCGCACAGAGAAGCAGACCGUUUUUGGACAUGGUGUACAGUGCCCUCGAUUGCGCCAACGAUGACUACCACGCCCUGUUUGUCCUCUGCCUGCUUUAUGCCGUCUCACACAGCAAAGGUAUAAACCGUGAUCUUCUGGAGCGGCUGCAGCUGCCAGUUCCUGACCAGGAGAAGAGCUGCUACAGCCUGGUGCUGGCAGAGAGACUGAUCCGAGUCAUGAGCCAGGCAGCACAACCAGACGGUAAAGUGCGUCUGGCUACACUGGAGCUGAGCUGCCUUUUGUUGAAGCAGUCAGUGCUGUCUGGAAACGUCUGUAUAAUCAAAGACGUCCAUCUGGCCUGCUUGGAGGGUGCCAGAGAAGAAAGUCUGCAUUUGCUGCGGAGGUUUUACAAGGGAGAGGAGAUCUUUCUGGACAUGUUUGAGGAUGAAUACAGAAGCAUGACGAGUAAACCUCUCAACGUGGAGUAUCUAAUGAUGGAUGCCUCGGUGCUGCUGCCACCCACGGGCACACCUCUGACCGGCAUCGACUUUGUAAAGAGACUUCCGUGUGGAGACGUGGAGAAGACUCGCAGGGCGAUCCGGGUGUUCUUCAUGCUGCGGUCGCUGUCGCUUCAGCUGCAGGGAGAACCUGAGACUCAGCUGCCUCUGACCAGAUCUGAAGACCUUAUCAAAACAGAUGAUGUCUUGGACCUCAACAACAGUGACCUAAUCGCCUGUAUGGUGGUCAGUAAAGAUGGCGGCCAGGCCCAGAGGUUCCUCGCUGUAGACGUGUACCAGAUGAGUUUGGUCGAGCCAGAAACCAAACGCCUCGGAUGGGGUGUAGUCAAGUUCGCUGGACUCCUGCAGGACAUGCAGGUGUCUGGUGUUGAGGACGACAGCAGAGCGUUGAACAUAAUCAUCCAUAAGCCCAUCUCCAACCCCCACGCCAAGCCCCUGCCCAUCCUCCAGGCCAACUUCAUCUUCGCUGACCACAUCCGCUGCAUCAUCGCCAAGCAGCGGCUGGCCAAGGGGCGCAUCCAGGCCCGCCGCAUGAAGAUGCAAAGGAUCGCCGCUCUGUUGGACCUGCCAGUGCAGCCCAGUGCCUCAGAGGUUCUGGGUUUUGGUCAGACUUCCAACGCUUCACCCAGCGGCCUCCCUUUCCGAUUCUACGAACAGUCAAGACGGGCCCCCAACGACCCCACAGCAGCGAGAUCAGUCUUUGGCUCCUCGGAUAAAGUUCCAGGUUUUGCGGUGGCUCACUGUGUGUCGCAGCACAGUCCCUCACCCCUCUCCUCCCCAUCGCCUCCCUCCAGUGGGAGUGGCAGCACCGGGAGAUGUGACUCUGUGACUGCAAGUACUGUAUCAGCUCAAAGCCCGACAGAUGACGGCACAUUUUUGGAGCACACUCCGCCCUCCUCCUCAGGUGGGGAAGGGGAAGGGGGAGGCGGGGAAGUAAUUCUACUUUCCUCUACUCCUUCAACCCCAGUCCCUGCUCCGGCCCUAGCCCCGAGCCUCACCCCGGCCUCCCAGCCCAACAUCUCCCUCCUCACCGACAACAACGCCGACUCCCUCAGCGUGGAGUCGCUCACGCUAAUGCCCCCGUCCGACUCGCCGCACCUGCACCCAUGCGCCAGCCACGCUCUCGCAACGCACUCCCUCCAGAGACCAGAUGCCUCCAUCGCAGAGGAGGAUGAGGAGGAGGAGACAGAAGGAGACAGGAGAGGAGGGCAAAGAGAUGUGGAGGAGAUGCAAGAGGAGGAGGGAUCGCCGAUGGAUGCGACGGUCAAAGAGGACACCGCCACGACAGAGUUGGCCACACCCACUGAGGGAGGAGACGAGCCAGAAGGUGAGGACACACCUCUAGAGGCGGAGCUAAAAAGAGACAACUCUGUGGAGAACUCAGAAGAUGCAGACUCACCAGAACUGGAUUAAACAACACACAAACUCCUGUUCAUGCACUUAACUUCAUCUCACACACACACAGGACAGGAGAGUGAUAGUGAAACUCUCCGGUGUGGCUACAGUAUAUUUUCACGUUGCGACUUGUUGGAAUUGUGUGAUGUGGAUAAAUCAGGAGGCUUUGGAAGCCUUUGUGUUUGCACAUGAAGAAGAAAGACUCUUUUAAAGCACAGACAGAAGACAAGUCCAGACCCAGGUCGAACUCAAGGAAGGCUCAAAGCACAUUUGGCUUUUUGUGCACUCGAGUGUGUUCAGUCGUGCGUGUGCGGGUGUUUUUAACACGCGUGUGCCGAUGCACACAACCAGCAAAGUUUUCUACUCAUUCUGAUCGAUUGUCAACUCAGAGACACACAAACACACAUACACCCUAUUUUUGUGUAUAACAUUCACAUAACAGUUUCACAACUAUUGUUUUGUGGUGAUGGUCACUACUAUGCUAAUACACACACACACACACACACACACACACACAGUACAUACGGCCCACACUGAUUCAGCUGCACUUGCCUUUUGACCUUUGCAUGACGCACCCAGGAGUGCCAGUGGGUCGGCGUGGGCAUGUUCUGCUUUCGGUUUGAUUCUCAUUCUUCCACCUGUAAAGUAAUGAUCCAUUCAUUUGCCACUUCCUGAUUGGUGUCUAUUAUAGAAUAUAUAUAUAUAUAUCAAAUCAUCUCGACCGAUCAGGCAGCACCUCUCUGAGACUGUCCACAUUCAUUCGAUGUUAACCGAAGUUUUUUUUUCUAAAGUGGUCGUCUUGUGCCCUGCUGGUAAAUAUUUGGAUAAAUUCCUGUGGGAAUGUGACAUGAGGUUUGUGAACGCUGCUUUUUACUUUUGAUUAACCAGCACACAGUCGGUUCCCAGCAAUUCACAUAUGCAACAACAAUCGAUUUAACUUCGAUCUCACUCUGGCUUUUAUUCCAACUUCCAUUUCAAAUCGCCACCCGUCAGCAGCCUGAAGGAUCUGAAUGGAGCAUCGGCUGCUGAGUAAGUGGUACUGAAUAAUAUAUAAUGCGGAGCAGUAGUAAGUGAGUUUUGUUUCAGUCAUACAUUGAUUCAUUCAUUCAUUCUAUUCGGCCUGUGGCAAAACAAAUGUCCUCAAAUACAAAAACACUGAUUUACAAAGUUGUUUCAGAGUGUUUGACGACCUAAGAAAAUAAGCCUCAAAUUUUUAUUUUCUUAAAUUUCUUUCAGCCGCAUAGUGAUGUAGUAUAAUAUGGAUCUGUGGUGUCAUGAGGAAACUAUUCGAAGUAACAGCCGUGUCUUUGGGUCUGCACGUGUUGAAUGUACCUGCUGAUUUCCCCCCCCUCAGGCGCUGACCUGAGAUCAGUUUUACUCUGCAUGUAAGUGGGGACGGCUUUAAAUAGAUAAAUGUUAACAAGACAAGAGAAGUAGUAUGUGGUUGAUUCCACCCCCUGAACAAAAGUUUGGAUCCUAUUUUCAUGAACAAAGCUUAACUACUGCAAUAAUCUGAAGAAGGAACCAGUGCUGGGGAGACAUGAAUGUAACAACUUAUAUCUCAAUCAUCAGUGUUGUUAGAUCAACUUUAAACUUUAAUUCUUGACUUGAUUUGUUUAAAAAAAAAGCACACGGAUUGUUUAAAAUAUAUUUUCUGGAUGUGUCCUCAUCUUUUUCGAUUCUUUUACCCGCGCUGCUUUUCUCCUUCUCUUUUUCUCCCUCGCUUUCCAACUCGCCCUCCUCCUCCCGGUGCCAUCGCCACACAGCUGAAGUCUUAACGCUCGAUCACUCUUGUUUUUUAACUUUGUACAGUCAUCAACAAGUUUAUAAAUGAGAAACUCAGAGCAAUACUCUCUCUCUUUAUUUUGAGUCCGUCUCCUCGAAUUUCCAUUUGGCUUUUUGUAAAUAGCAUAAGAAUGACAGUGGUGAUGAGGCUGCGCCAACCCGCUGAAGAGGCGGAGCUUGGCACAGUUUGUAGAGCCGAUGGUUCGGAGGAACGUGCAUCGGCCGACGCGUCGCUCGUAACCGCUGGCGACGGAAACGUGCCGUGAGAAGCAUCUGUAAUCGAGCCUCUGAUUGUAGUGUGUGUGUGUAUAAUUUGUUUGUAUGCUCUGUAAAUGCUUUUGGCUUUUAAACCUGUAAUUAUUGUUAAUGAACUAAAACAGAGGAAUAAAUAAAGAAUUGCAAUAAAUUAUUCUACUUAAAAACGG